UCACAGUCCCGCCUCCCCAAGUGCCGAGCCCCGAAUCUCUGUCUUCCCCAAAUCCAGAACAAAAGAGUAAAACCCUAAUUCCAAAUUUCCCCCCAAUUUGACUGGAAUGGACCAAUACGAAGAGCAAGAGCACGAGGUGUACGGAGGGGAGAUCCCUGAAGAGGAGGGAGAAAUGGAUGCAGAUGUGGAUGUGGACAUGUCUGGUGGAGCUGAGGAUUACGAAGGCAAUGAUCAAGGCCUUGAACAAGAUCCCAAUCCCAACUCCAAAGAAUUGGAAGACAUGAAAAGGAGACUUAAGGAGAUCGAGGAAGAGGCGGGGGCUUUACGUGAAAUGCAGGCUAAAGUUGAGAAGGAGAUGGGCUCUGUCCAAGAUGUCUAUGUAGAUUCCUCAAGUGCUUCUGCAAGUCAAGCUGAAAAGGAGGAAGUGGAUUCCCGCUCAAUUUAUGUUGGUAAUGUAGACUAUGCAUGUACACCUGAGGAAGUUCAACAACAUUUUCAAUCCUGUGGAACAGUGAACAGAGUUACAAUCUUGACUGAUAAGUUUGGUCAACCUAAAGGGUUUGCUUACGUCGAAUUUGUUGAAAUUGAUGCUGUUCAAAAUGCUCUACUGUUAAAUGAAACAGAAUUGCAUGGUCGUCAAUUGAAGGUCUCUGCUAAACGAACAAAUAUUCCUGGAAUGAAACAGUAUCGAGGAAGGCCUAACUCUUAUUUCCGCUCCCGAAGGCCUUUCAUGCCUGGUCCUGCUUUCUAUCCUCCAUAUGGCUAUGGGAGGGUUCCAAGGUUCAGGCGGCCGAUGAGAUACAGGCCGUAUUAAGAUGGAUCACAUGUUGUCAGACUUGGAAGCCAGCAAUUUUGAGAAGACCAUUACUUAAAGUUUAUAAUGGUCAUGUUGUUCUAUAAUAUGGAGGGAGAAAGAUGAACUACAGCUUCCGCAUCAAAGGGAGGGCUAAUUUUUUCUCAAAUUGUGAGCUUGCAGGAGUGUGAAGAAUCCAUUAAUUCGAGAUUUCAACGGUGAUUAACGAGUAGGAGAUUAACGAGUAGGAGAUGCGAGUGUUCUGAAAUAUAAUUAAGAAUUUGUAAUAGAAAUUACGAUUUAAUCCUUCUCGGUUGUUUCCUGUUGCUUUAGUUUUCCACAGAGUUACUGUAAUAUUAAGAUUUGUAUGGGAUUAGCUUUUGUUUCGAGGUUUAAAGUGGUAACCAAACUGUUUAGCCAACAGCUGGAGUUAGAAAAACAUCAAUGAUCACGUUUUUAAAGCAUUAAAUUAAAGCAAAAUUUGUCUUGUCACAAUG